AUGUCAACUUCAGAUCAAAAAGACAACCAGGAUGGACUACCGCCCUAUUUCCCCUCAGAAAGUUCUCGAUACUUCACUGAAGAAAAGUCCGAGCAACUUCUUCUCCUACCCGAGUCCAACGAGCCCGGUCUGGCUGUGGAUAAUACCCUAACACGAGGCCUGCAAGUACCAUCGCGAACUGCCACUUGCACUUCGGGAUUUGACUACCCUGCUGAAUUGAUACAAUAUGGUAUCUCUCAGGAGCACUGGCAGCAAUUCACUCAAGUCAUCUGCGAUGAGGCCAAGCUUUCGCGGCAACAAUGGACCACGGUGAUUGGAAAAGGCCUCGGGACACUUGCCGUCGGUGGGCUGAUGAUCGGGCUGCUUGGCGCCAUUCCUGCUAUUUUCGUCGCUCGCAAUGCUCGUAAGCGCCAGGAACAGCGGAACUUGAUCACAUCUAUGGCCGGCGUGCAGGGUGAGCGGUUGUCUCGGCAUAUCUGGCACUGGAACGAGACUGUCUUCCAGCCUCGUGGGAUCCAGAUCCGGGUCGAUCUACCCGAUGAAUACAUCGGUGAUCUAAACUCCAUGGACCUUCAUGGGAAUAAAGCCUCGCCCCGACUGGAAGCGAAGGCCCGUGAUAAAGCCGCUCUUAAAGCUCGAGUAGUGAUUAUCCCUCUGGAUUUACGGCCUGCGACAUCCGAUCAGUCACCAAAUACGGGUCGAAAGGGAUCCCUGGAUAGACGCGUGUGA